GGCUCUCCAUCCUUGCCUUUUUUUUACUUGAUACAUACAUCCACGAUUCCCUGAAUGAAUGACUACUUGAGAAACGUCAGGUUAAUAGACAGCAAGUCGAACACUUUAAGUUACAUGUUUCACUGCCGGUGUCAGGAUAGGAGAGCUAACGUUAGCAGUGAUAGCUAACUCCCGCACACAUCAGUGGAAGUAACGGUUAGCUCAUUUAGCUCAUGUUAGCUAUUUAGCCUAAUUUAAGCUACAUCUUUUCAUAGCAAUGCACCGAACGUCGCUUGUUAAAUCGUUUUUGAGACACCUCACUCUUUAACUUCUGUGUAUGUCGGGUACAGCAGCUUGAACCGUUGCUAACAGACAUGGCUAACACCGUGCUGGAGGUGGGGACGGGGGUCUUCGUCAUAUCGAUCGUCUGGAUCGCAGCUCUGGUGUUUGGGAUGAUUCUGCUGAGAGCAUCCGGGUCUGCGAAGUUAGCCGUGAUCCCCAUUUUCCUCAUGGCUCUCACCAUCACUUUAGUGCUGGUGUUUUUCCCACGCAGCCCAGAGACCACCCCCCCUUUCAAACAGAUAGAGAUAGUGGACACUUUGUUCAUCGCUCGCUACAUCCUGCUGGCGGUGGUGAGCGCCGUCUUUCUGCUCAUGUUCUUCAUGCUGCUCCCCUUUCACUUCCUGGAGCCGGUGUAUGCCAAGGCCUUAAGAACUCAGUAGAGCUGCCAGGGUCAGAGCUGGCACUGGGACCACAGGCUGAUGAGCACAACUUAAGACAAGCAGGCCGAGGAGAGCCCCCCCCUCAUGUGGAAACAACCUACAGAAGACUCCCCAAACAGAAACAGUGUUUCCUUCACAGGUUGUUGUUCACUGUUCACGUCAACAACAGAACUGAGAUCUCAACAUUAAUCUUGUAUUAAAUUGUAUCAUUUAAUACUAGAGAUUUAUAAUUUAUUUUCCUACUUACACAGAGUACUUUAACAAACCCUCCACCUUUUUAUAUAAAGAAAAGCAAUAAAAG